CUCACCUGUAAUACCAAAACGAGUUUUUAUACGUAACAAUCAUCAGUUGGUUGUGAUAGAGUCAUUUUUUUAUUAUUUUGUCAUGUUUAUUAUUUAGUUCGCUUAUUAAUGUGUUUCAAAUGUAAAGUCCAACCAAUCUAUUGUUUUUAGAAAACAGUUUAACACCUUAUCUUUUCGGCGAAAUUUUUGAGCUGAACCAGUUUUUUUCAUGUAUAAACUAAUGGGUAUUUUGUGGUCCAAAUUAAGGGGCAAAGAAACUUCACAAGAAAGGUUAGAGAGGAUCACAGAAGAGAUACGAUCUUUGGAAGAUCAUAAAUUUUCAGCAAUCAAGCAGCAAAAGAAUAUUAUUUUUCUCCUUUUUGUCAUCUCUGGUCUCAUAUAUAUUUUUGCUUUAGGUGUCUUCUAUUUCUAUUACUUACCCAGCAGCCCGGAUUGGGUUAAAAGAUGUUUAUAUUCACUUCCUCUGGUGGUGUUUCCUCUCCUAGUUUAUUUAUUGAAACAAUUUCUUCAAUGGUAUUAUUUACAAGUAAUAGACAAGAAAGAAGACAAACUCAAAGAUCUACGUCGAGAGAAGAAAAGAAUUCUUGACAAAGUAAUGGAAACAGAAACUUAUAAAGUGGCUAAAGAGCUUCUGGAAAAGUAUGAGCCUUCAGUGUUGAAAGAAUCUCGGCCAAACUCAUGUCCAUCAUCUCCAGCUAAUUCAGGAUACUCAAAUGUUCAGCAGCAACAACAGCAAAGAGUCCGAUAUCGUGGAUCAAUGCCUCCUCCAAUGUUACUCAAUUCUAGUUUUAUUAGAACGCCUGAAAGACCCAGAUUAAUGGCUGAUAAUAGUAUGAAUGCUUCACAAACUAGUAUACAGCCUAUUUCUCCCCAGUUCGGUCGAGUUUCCAUGAUUCGCCCUGCGCUUACACAAUACCCAGCUUUACCAGCACCCAGAUUGUCACGUCCAAUAUUAGAUCAAAAUCGUUCUAUUGUUGAUAAACUAGUUGAUUAUGUUGUUGGUGAUGGUCCGAGCAAUAGAUAUGCUCUCAUUUGUAAUAAUUGUAGUGGUCAUAACGGAAUGGCCUUGAAAGAGGAAUUUGAAUUCAUUUCGUUUCGCUGCUGUUACUGUAUGUCCUUCAAUCCUUCGAGGAAACAGCGACCUUUUGCUCCAAACAUAAGUCAAAGUGAUACGAGCAGAGAUAAGAAUCUCGCACCUUUAAUCGAUGAGCCUGAAAGUGAUAAUGAUAGUCGGCCGGAUGAAAAUAAACAAACUGCAAAGAUUGCCGAAAUUAAAGAGCAAGAUGAGGUGUCAGAUGCUGAAAUUUCUACCGAAUCCACUCCAGCGAUAUCAAUAUCUCACUUUGAGAAUGAUGGAGAUAAGCCAAGUGGAGUUGGCAAGACUGAUGAGGAAAACUUCCGAGAAAAGGAAGAAAAGUCACAAGAUGAAGUGUCGAGGGUGGCUCAGACUACAUCGUUACCAGAUAGCUCAGAAAGUCAAAAUAAUUCUGAGUUACCAUCAAACAGUCCAACUGAUGCUCUUAAUGAUAUUGAUUUCAUUGAUGAUGAAAAUGAAGAUGGUGAAAAGAGAGUUUUACUUUGAAUUUUUAUUCGUUUGUUUUUUUGAUUACCCAUGUAAAGGUUGAACAGAUCGAACCACCUAAGCUAAGUUUUCCUUGAUGAAAAAAGUUCUAGGUGAGCCUUAAUCAACAAUUAUUUGCAUCUCUUCCUUAUAUUUUGUUCACACAAAACAUAAAAAACUGUCAACCUCCGUGGCUUCCCUAUUUUAGUCAUAUUAAAUAAAUUUAUAUGUAAUAAAUGACGUGAUUAAAUCGCAAACUAUUCAAACUAUUCAUUUUCCUUUAAGAGUAAAUAAUAAAGAAACUCCAUAACAUAUUA